AUGGAAAUUUCAGUUCCACAGGCCAUAACUACUCAGCCUCCUCCCGCCCUAUCGGAUUAUUUCCCUCCACCUCCACCAAAGAGAUGCCAAAGGGCCCAGGAUUUCUUCCCUCCUCUUCCAAUGGAGCCUACUGUAUCUGAGCUGUCCGACUCUCCACCAGUGAAGCCCAUCAUGGUUGAGCUGCCCAACUCUCCACCAGUGAAGCCCAUCAUGGUUGAGCUGCCCAUCUCUCCAGCAGUGAAGCCCAUCAUGGUUGAGCUUCCUGUCUUUCCACCAGUGAAGCCCAUCGUUGUUUAUCGGCCCAUCUGUCCACCAGUGAAGCACAUCACAUUUGAGCUUCCCAUCGUUCCACCAGUGAAGUCCAUCGUGGUGGAGCUUCCCAUCUCUCCACCUCUGAACCACCAGCAUCAACCUGAUCAAUGGGCCAACUGGGGAAUAGAGGCUGGUUCUUCUCAGAUUGUCGAUGCUCCUGCCUAUCUCCCCCUCCCCCUCCCUACUUCCUCUGAUCUCCCUCAGCAGAGCCCACAUGAACAGCCUGGAGUCCUCACAGCAUCCUCUGGGCUUCUUGCAAAUGUUGGGACUCUUAAGGAGAUGAUUGAGAUUGCAUGGCAGAAGUGUCAGGAGUACCAAUCUAAGUUUGUCAUGUGGUGUUGUGUUACCCUGUUGUGCACACAGAGUAGGGCACAGCCCAUCUUUCCUUCAGUGAAGCCCAUAGUGGUCGAGCGUCCCAUCUCUCCACCAGUGAAGCACAUCACGUUUGAGCUGCCCAUCGUUCCACCAGUGAAACCCAUCGUGGUGGAGCUUCCCAUCUCUCCACCAGUGAAGCCCAUCUUGGUUGAGCGUCCCAUCUAUCCACCAGUGGAGCCCAUCGUGGUCGAGCGUCCCAUCUCUCCACCAGUGGAGCCCAUCGUGGUCGAGCGUCCCAUCUCUCCACCAGUGGAGCCCAUCGUGGUCGAGCGUCCCAUCUCUCCACCAGUGGAGCCCAUCGUGGUCGAGCGUCCCAUCUCUCCACCAGUGGAGCCCAUAGUGGUCGAGCGUCCCAUCUCUCCACCAGUGAAGCCCAUCUUGGUUGAGCGUCCCAUCUAUCCACCAGUGGAGCCCAUCGUGGUCGAGCGUCCCAUCUCUCCACCAGUGGAGCCCAUCGUGGUCGAGCGUCCCAUCUCUCCACCAGUGGAGCCCAUCGUGGUCGAGCGUCCCAUCUCUCCACCAGUGGAGCCCUUCGUGGUUGAACGUUCCAUCUCUCCACCGGUGAAGCACGUCAUGUUUGAGCUGCUUAUCGCUCCAGUGGAAGCUGAGUCGCUUCAGAGAUUUGAGUUUUUCCCACCACCGCGGAAAAAUAAUCCACUGAAGGGUCUGACACAGCGACAUAGAAAAAGACAGAAAGACAUGGAAACUUCAGUUCCACCGGCCAGAACAACUCAGCCUCCUCCCGCCCUAUCACAUUUCUUCCCUCCACCUCCAGUAGAGCCCAUCGUGGUUGAACUGCCCAUUUCUCCACCAGUGAAGCACACCAUGUUGGAGCUGCCCAUUUGUCAAGUGGUAGCUGAGACUCUUCAUGGAUUUGAGUUUGUCCCACCACCGCAGAAAAAUGAACUGCUGAAGGGUCUGACACAGCGAUAUAAAAAAAUACAAAAAGUCACUUCAGUUCCAAAGGUCAGAACUACUCUACUUCCUCCCUGCCAAUUGGAUUUUUUUCUUCCACCACAGCGAUGUCAGUGGGUACAGAAUUUCCUCAGUUCACCUCCACCACAGGAUUGCCAAACGGCCCAAAAUGGAGUUAACCCAUAUUCAAUGAGAGCAGGUGCUCCAAUGGGCAAAUACCCAGGUUAUCCAUGUACAACUACCAAAGCUGGGUCUGGAAUAUCAGACGCUUCCCUGGUUCACAUGCUCAGACCUCUCUCACCGAUGCGCGUGCCAGAAGAUGAUGGUGGAUGGGACUCUGCUGGGGAUCACCCUAGGACUCCCUUCUACAUGGGUUGACUCUUCCGCUGGGCCUUUUAAGCCCUUUAAGCUAUUUUGCCGGGGAAAAAAGGACGCAAAGGAGCAUAGCAUUUUGUUUUUAAAUAAAUAAACUCAAGCAUACCCUGAUUGGUUUUAUAUUACAUAAUAAAAUCC